AUGAGUAUGAUGGGUGAAGGUAUUUCUUCACAGGUUGACGGUGAAAAACAAACUAGAAAGAAAAUGGUAUAUUUGAGCAGUCGUUGUGGCGUACAAGAAUUCUCUGGACUCGUAGAAAGUUUAUCUGAUGAUAAAAAGAAGGUCAUUCUAGAUAUGGGAUUUGGAGGGCUCUUGCAUCUGAAAAGGCAUAAAUUGAAGAUGCAACUUCUUGAGGACCUUAUGAUGAGGUUUAAUGUGACUACUAGUCAACUAAGUGUGCAUGGUAAUCGUCUUACCCUAAGUGUUAAUGAUGUUGUCACCAUAUUUGGUUUACAUGAUGGGGGCAUGAAUGUGGAAACCCAACUUGGCGAGGAUGAUGAAGUGAGGUUCGUCUAUGAUGGUCUUUUAGAGGGUAUAAAAGAUUAUCAAAACAAAUCGGAUGGAGCAUCAAGAGAUCAACACGUGACUGGAUGCGUUUUAUUACUUAAGAUAUUUUACCUAGAGCACGUGAAUAUGCAUAACUUGACUCGUCAUUCAAACUCCUUACCACGCAUACGACAUUGGGAUGAAAAGUCCAUUUCGAAGAUUGUUAACAAGGUUUCCAGUUUAGGCGGAGUUGAUUGCAUACAGGUGGGAUUUGGCGGAGAUGCUAGUAGUUGUUUCAAAAUUGAGGAUAUUAAAGUAGAAAUUGGUCUAUUGAGAAAUGAGUUCCAAAAAGAUAUGCAUUCUACGAAGUCACAAUUAGGUGAAUUGAAAAAGGAGAUGUCUGAUGCCAUGUCACAAAUAAUCACAACUUUGGGCACUGUUCAAAGUCAGUUGCAAAGUGGAGGUCCAAAAAUAAUCAUAGAGGAUGAGCCGACGACUGUGCAUGUUUUUACAAGAAAACAAGAGGAAGUUAGGAUUGAUGCGAAUGAUAAUAUAGAGCUUUCAGAUGAUGCAAGCUCACCUCUACAAUUAUCAAAAGCUAAGAGAAACCACCUGGGAAAGCAAGGAAACAAGACAACUGAUGCAAUUCCAUCUCAAAAUGAAAAGAAAAGAAAGGCAAAUCAACAUGAGGAAGAUGAAACAGAUUCAUUUGAGAGACUUAUGGCUGGAGUAGAUCAAAAGGUUCGAUCAAGAGAGGAUUCAAACAUGGGACUUCGAAAGAAAGACGUACUCAAAGCCGGUCCACAAUUUCAGUUUCCUUAUGUGGCCGCCAAACCAGCGGUAAUUAAUCUUGUUGUUGCUGGGUUGACACUGGAAUAUCGGGACAAUAAAGAGAGCGAUCAUUGGUUUAUGCCCUGGUCAUUUACUAUUUAUCUCCCCAUAUGCGAGCAUGAACAUUGGUACUUGGCCAUUGUUAACAUGGAAAUCAAGGGGGUAUAUUUGCUUGAUAGUUACGCUCUAAAGGACGAUUCUUCCCGUAAAGAUAAUAUAAGACAGAUAUUGUCGGUGUUGGAUGAAAUGUUGCAUCAUGAUAAUUUUGAAGCAAAAGUGAAGAAACCAUACCAUAUUUGA